ACAAAAAACUCAUUGUUGUUCCCUUUCUUCCUCCUCUACCAUCCCUCCCUCUGAGUCUGAGUUGGUGCAUAUUCUCCGAGAUCUGCAAAUUGCAAAAGUAAAUUCGAAGGCAAAAAGCAUCGAAAGCGGCCAUGGCAGCGCCAGAUCUUUUGUUCAAUCUGAGGAACAACUUCUACUUGGGAGCCUUCCAAGCCGCCAUUAACAACAGCGACCUCCCCAAUCUCUCCCCCGACGACGCCGUCGAACGCGAUUGCCUCGUUUACCGAUCUUACAUUUCUCUCGGAAGCUACCAGCUCGUGAUCAAUGAGAUCGAUUCCUCUGCCGCCACGCCUCUCCAAGCCGUCAAGUUACUCGCUCUCUACCUCUCUAGUCCCGAUAGCAAGGAGUCCACAAUUUCUAGUCUGAAGGAGUGGUUGGCAGAUCCGGCCAUUGGAAACAACCCUACCCUCAGACUGAUUGCUGGAAUCAUAUUCAUGCACGAGCAGGACUAUAAUGAGGCCCUCAAACACACUAAUGCUGGAGGAACUAUGGAACUCAAUGCGCUAAACGUCCAGAUAUUCCUCAAGAUGCAUAGGUCCGAUUAUGCAGAGAGACAGUUGAGAGUAAUGCAGCAGGUGGAUGAGGAUCACACACUAACUCAACUCACAAGUGCAUGGUUCAAUCUGGCAGUGGGUGGAUCCAAGAUACAGGAAGCAUAUCUUAUCUUCCAAGAUUUCUCUGAGAAAUAUCAGAUGACCAGUUUGGUACUGAACGGGAAGGCUGUUUGCUGCAUGCAUAUGGGAAACUUUGAUGAAGCUGAAACACUGCUGCUUGAAGCACUCAACAAGGACGCAAAGGAUCCAGAAACUCUAGCCAAUCUAGUUGUAAGCUGUCUUCACCUUGGCAAACCGCCCUCCCGUUUCCUCAGCCAAUUGAAACUUUCACAUCCGGACCACACACUUGUGAAACGGGCCGCCGCUGCAGAAGAGGGUUUUGACAGAGCAGUUCAGUCUGUUGCUUGAAGACCCGGAGAUUUGUAUCAUCGAAGAUGGGGGAUCUGUGUCAACACAUUGUCCUUUUAAACAUUCGUGAAGAUUUUCCUUUGAUUGAGCUUAGAUAUACAAAAUUUGAUGGUAGUUGAACAAAUGCUCGCCACAGAUUCGAAAUCUUCUAGUA